UGGGUUUUUGCCUCCUGGUCUAACAGACUUUAGGUUGUGAACGUAGCUAAAGACUGAAUGUUACUUAGGUCGUUGUAAAAUCCUACACUUGAAACGCACUUUAAUGCAUGUUUUCAUCAACUUUUGGUUGGAAGUGGUUGCUUGAACUCACACCCAGAUUUGGCCUUAAAAAAGUGCAGUACAUGACAAAUCCACUCACUGUAUCCUCCAGCUGUGAACUUUAAUUUGCACUCGCGCACACUUCCCCGCUUCCAUAUGCUCAGCAGUGUGUGUGAUGGAGCAGUUCAGUGAACUAAGCUGAUUAGACACAUGAGCCUUCAGUCAGACCUCUAAUGCCAGAUCACUUUGAUCUCACCAAACAUGAAAAACAGUUGAUUUAUUUAUUGUUUUUGUAAAUAAUGAUUAACGACUUUGUGUCUUUGAAACCAAUCAAAGCAUUUUUUCUGUCGCUACAUGAAGCCAUUCCAAUGUCUUCUGGGUUUAAUUGCUGCUGUGCCAGCAGCUCCUUGAGGAUUAGCAAACAUCGAGGUCACACAGCAGCUAGCUAAGUUCAUUAAGCGGCGCUGCUUGAAAAAAGCCUGGAAAGUACAUAAAAAACACCAUUGUUAGCGGGAUUUUAGAAAAUUCCUCGAGUUUUCUGGUUCCAAGGGUGUCUUGGUCAGAAAAUUUGAACUUGUCCAGAUAGAAACAUUAACUCUUGUUUUUUCGUUAGCAUUUUUGCAAAAAAUGCAUUAGCAUUUAAAUGUUUUGCUUGGUUUUCUUGUCCUUAACAGAGGAUUUCAGGAAAUAAAUAAAAAAAAAAAAAUUUGUUUGUAUGUUUUAUAACUUGAUUUAUAUUUCAUCAUCACUACAUAAUGCUCAAGAGACACUGAAUGAGUGCAGAAGUUGCUUCAUAGACGGUCUAAGUUCUGUAGUCUGUUAGAGAUCCUCCUGAGGGGAAUUUUUCAAUGGAUUAGUUCACGGCUGAUUUGAGUUAAAAAAAAUAAAAAUAAAAAAAGGAAAGAAGCAGGAGGAGUUUCAUCCCUCGUGAUAGAUUUCUUGACGAACGAGGAGGCGUUUCCGCCCUCCCUCCUGCGCAAGUCUGAAGACUCCAACAGCUUGAGGCUGAUCGGGUCUGAGCUUUUAAAACAUCCAGUGUCUCUGGGGUUUCUAUUUUUGGACGUAAUCAGAUCAAACCCCGGACUUUCCCACAACAAGAAAAUCUCAGUGGGGACAUCAAAAGGAUGUGGAGAACUUUUCUCAGCUCAUGCUUGUUUUUGUUUUGUUUUGUUGACAGGUUGACCAAACGGUGGCAGGAUGAUGUGGUUGCUAUUUUUUCUGCUUCCACUAGGGGGCGGCAGCAGGAUCGAGACACAGGAAACCCCCCACCGGGUCAAGCACAACUAUGCCGCCUGUGAGGAGAUGACGCACAGUUGACGGGCGUAGACGACUGACGGCCAAGGAGGCGGUUGCCGUGACUACAAGGCCUUACAUCUACCGCUGCCGCUCGCCCAACAUGGAGGAUUUCACGUGCUGGUGGCACCCUCUGGACAACCUGACGGGCGGCGAGGAGGUCACCUAUCUGCUCACGUACUCCAAAGACAAAGGACCCAAACACGAGUGUCCAGAUUACACAACCGGCGGACCCAACAGCUGCCACUUCGACAGGAGUCACACGUCUGUAUGGACGUCCUACUGCAUGAACGUGACCGCCAUCACGCCGCAGGGGAACUACACCUCCAAGGGACUCUGCCUGGACGUGGCAGACAUCGUUGAAACCGAGGCUCCGAUCAACCUGACCUCCGUCCUGACUGACGCUGGCAAAGACGAGACCGGCCACAACGUCCGGCUGUCCUGGGUGUACCCAAAGCCCGAGGACCUGCAGUACGGCUGGAUCACGCUGGAGUACGAACUGCAGUACCGACAAGUUACUGAGCCAGACAGCUGGAAGGUGAAGCACCCUUUAAGGGAGCCUCACGUGGAGCUGCUGGGCCUCCGUGUCGGAGAGUACGUGGUGAGGGUUCGCUCGCGGUCGCACAACAACGGACUGUGGAGCAAAUGGAGCUCCCCGCUGUUGAUGAGCAUCCCCGACCGCCUGUCCUCAGGCACGCCCACAGGUAAAGUCCUGGUGCUGAUUCUGGUUGUUGGGGUUGGUGUUGUGGCCCUGCUUGUCUUCACCUUUGGGAUCAUGCCACACAGCAAGAGAAUAAAAGAGUAUUUCUUGCCGCCCAUUCCGAAGCCACGAAUAAUGGGGAUUGACCCACUACUCCUGAAGAAGGGGCACUUGGAGGAAAUCAAUCGGCACUUCAGUAAUUUUCACGGCUACAGACCUCCGAGUUACUCUGAAGAAGCGUGGGAUCAAGUGAGCGCCGACGACCUCUACUUGGCGGCGCCGAAGGACUUGAACGCCUUGGAGGGGGCCCUGAAAGCUCCUGGCCACCUGACGCCCGGCGCCGCCGCUGCACGUUCGUUACCGAUCCAAAACCCAAUGGCGUACGUUCAGAGCGUGUCGCCCUACUGCACCUCCCCGCCGGAAGCUUUUGCCCCGCUGCUGGACGCCCCACCCCCUUGGCACAGCCCGGAGAUCGUUUCGGUGCCAGGAACAGACUACAGCAUGAUGGAGCAUCCCGGCCUGGCGAGCGGCCAGCCAGCUGCGUUCAUGGCCAGCCACUCCGCGCCGCAGGACUUCUACACCUGUGUUGAGCUCCUGAAGGAGAGCGGAGAGGUGCAUCUGGUGCCGUGCUUGCCGCCAGCCUACUGCGGGGAGUUCCUGCCCUUCCCGAGCGUCGACUUGGCAGCUAAGGAUGAGCAGAAGAAGCUGGUGGAGUUCCAGGCUCGGAUAACGAAAGAGGCGGAGAGGAGCGAGGCAACCGUCCCCCUGCUGCCCGUUUCUGUCGCGGACACCGGCUAAACGGGGAGGAGUCUGAAGUCUGAAUCUGCUGUAACCCUGCUGGUUUGACCCAAAACUCUGCUCCUGUUCUGUUUCGUUCCUCUCCACCUGCUUCACAAACAGGAGGUCGAUCCGCAAGAGUCGAAAAAAGACAUUUCCGCUUGCUCCAGCUUGGGAAAGGUGUCCGAAGACGAGCCGCGUGGGGACACGUUAACACUUUCAAUGCUGUCUCUGUGUCUGAACAUGUUGAUACUUUCAUGAAAAAACCCUCCUCAGGACCUACAUGUCUUUCUGUGUUUAGUACCUUUGGUCACACUGACGCUCUUUCACUGUGAGGGACCAAAGCCGUGAAUUGAUGUCAACAUCUUGUGUACAAGCUCAUUUUUGGAAGAAAAGCCAAAAAAAAAAAAGUAUUGC